CCUCCGACCGUGGCUACGGCUGGGCAUUUUACCCAAGCACAAAAAAGUACGUACUUUGUUGUGCACCCUCUUUCGUCCGGGAGUUUGUGAUAGGGUCUUCGACUGGGCACUUAACGCAGACACAAUUAAUUGCACGCCGGCCGUCGGCCGGGGGCUGGACAGGGCCUCCGACGAUGGCUACGACUUUGCAUUUUACCCAAGCACAAAAAACGCGCACAUUAUUGUACACCGGCCUUCGGCCGGGGCUGUGAUUUUAUAAUUUUUAUAUAUAAAACAUACGAAAAUAUAAAUAGAAGGGGUGACGGCGUCGAAAAUGUACAUCGAUUUUCACGCGGACGAAGUCGCGGGCACCUGCUAGUAUAUUGAUAUAUAAGCUAAUUAAUACGUAAUGACUUAGUUAAUUUAUACCGUUUUUUCAUGAAUAAGAUCUUAUUUUAUGAAUCACAUCACCCUUGAACCUAAGCGGCGGGAUAAAUUAGUAUGUGACCCAAUAAUAGCCUCAGUCAGUUUAGUAGCGCGGACGUCGUCUGCCGUACGGACCAGUGCAGAUAUGAAGCUCUCAGUAAUUGUGUUUACAUUGUUUGUUUUAAUACAAUGCAGCGAAAGCCGAUACGUAGACUGGUUUCCUCAAAACAUAAUCGAAACAUUUACAAACAAGACAUCUCAAAUCAAGAACUAUGUGCGAUCAAAAGGGCGAAGCAUAAAACAGUUCUACGUUGAAAAUGUAAAAAACAGAAUCACCUCCUAUCUCGGCAUGGAUGAUAAGUCUGAAACGAUUCCUACUGACCAAGCGAGGAUAAAAAGGAAAUUCAAGGACUACGUAGAUAUAGCAGAAGCGACCGACCAAAAGGUAUUCGACGUUAUCGCUCCCGAAAAGUUAGAUUACAAUUGUAAUGAUGACGACCCAAGUAUCCAUAUGACUACGCCGCAGCUGAUAGCGUUGCAUGGAUACACGUCAGAGUCGCAUACAAUCGUCACAGAUGAUGGAUAUAUUUUAACCGUUCACAGGAUACCCUAUUCCAAAUAUACUACAAGCAGAGUCGUUCCCAGGAAAACUGUCUUGCUCCAUCACGGCCUUCUUGGCAGUUCAGCGGAUUGGAUUAUACCUGGACCAAUUAAAGGCCUCGCCUACAUUUUAUCUGAAGCUGGAUAUGACGUCUGGAUGGCUAACGUUCGAGGGAAUACAUACUCGAGGGCGCAUACAUCCUUGGACCCUGGUAGUUUUGCCUUUUGGAAUUUCACGUUCCACGAAGUCAGCCAGUACGAUUUGCCCGCUGUAAUCGAUUACAUCAUGGAUAACAAAGGGUGGGAUGUAAAAAUAAACUACAUCGGCCAUUCCAUGGGAACCACAGUAUUGUUUGCAAUGCUUUCCACGAAAACUCAUUACAACAAGGUCUUGAGAGCAGGAUUCGCGUUAGCGCCCGUCGCGUAUAUGACGGAUAUAAGAAGCCCGAUUCGUUUGCUUGCGAAGUACAGCAACAAUUUAGAAUAUUUGUUGAAAAUUCUCGGCGCUAAUGAGUUUUUACCUCAGAACUCUGUGCUAAGGUGGCUAUCUAAACACGCAUGUGAGAUAAAUCACUAUGAGGAAGCCAUUUGUGAGAAUUCUCUAUUCGUUUUGUGUGGACACGACGCACAGCAGUUUAAUCGAAGUCUGUUGCCGAUUAUAUUGAGCCACGUACCAGCAGGUGCGUCUACCAAAACUCUGGUACACUACGCGCAAGAGAUUAAAAACUCUGGGCGUUUUCAACGAUUCGAUUAUGGUCCCGAGGGGAAUUUAAGGCAGUAUGGUAAACGAGAGCCGCCAGAAUAUCCUCUACACGAAAUCACUUUGCCUAUCGCUCUGUUUGCUGCUGAGAAUGACUGGCUAGCGAGUGAUACCGAUGUCACAAACCUGUAUGUACAAUUAGCUAACCCAAUAGACCACUAUAUUGUGCCGUUAAAAGAAUUUAACCACAUCGACUUUCUGUGGGCGAUAGAUGCACGCAAACUUGUUUUCGAUAAACUCCUACAACUUUUGGAGGAAGGUGUCAGCAAGCCAUAUUUUGAUAAUGAUAUUGGACAUAAUAAUUUAAAUGACUAGACGUUAGGUACGUUAAAGUUUUUUAUAAAUUGUCUCAGUUAGUCUUGAAAAUAAAUGAUUAGGCAAUUUCGAAAAUGGCACAUGUCUGGAAAUUUAAAAUGUCCAAGAAUUAAAAAAAAACUAAUUAUUUUCCAAACCAGUGUAUAAUUAUUAUAUAGUUACAAAAAGUAAUUCUUGUCUUACAUUUUGGUGUUAUUUAGCCUUUGGAAAUUACUGAUUUAAAAUCUGAACUGCUGAAACUGAAAAUAAUUGUUUUUAAAUUAAUCUACUUAAAUAUUAUGUUAUUAAGUAGGUAGAUAUUUAAUAUUUUUGAAAAACUACCUAUUUGCAUAAUAUGACACGACGACAUAUGCCCUUUUCGAAAUUGCAUAUUCAAAUCGUUAUCUUAAAACUAUUUUUGGAUUUUGUGUUUUUAUAAUUUUCAGACUAUCAAAUAUCCAUUCGGUCAGGUUCA